AUGGCAAACGGCGGUCCUGUCACUACCCAGCAAGGUGGCGGUCUACCAAGGCCAGUUGCCUCUGGAGUACACAGUGAUAUGGCGCAGCAGAGAGCUGGAGGCGAUCUGGCGAAGUGGUGGAGGAACUUCACAAGAGUCGAUAAGAGGCCGCAUGAGCAACCAGCCCCUAAUGGCAUCUUUGGUGUGCCGCUUCAGACUUCGAUCAGAUACGCAAACGUCGCGAUAUCCUUGUUCAAUGAUGAAGGCCAGAGCUACAUCUACGGCUAUGUGCCUAUUGUCGUGGCAAAGUGCGGCGUGUUUCUGAAGGAGAAAGCGACCGAUGUGGAGGGCAUCUUCCGCUUGGCAGGCAGCGAGAAGCGCAUCAAAGAGCUCAAGGUAGCAUUCGACUCGCCCGACAGAUACGGCAAAGGCUUGGACUGGUCCGGCUAUACGGUCCACGACGCUGCUAACAUCCUCCGGCGAUACUUCAAUCAAUUACCAGAGCCCAUCAUCCCCUUGGACUUCUACGAGCGCUUUCGGAACCCGUUACGCAACCAUCAGGCGCAAGCAGUGGGGCCCAGUGAAGCACAGAGUCCAAGCGUUGGUGACUUCGAUGACAAGUCGGCCAUCAAGGCGUACCAAAACCUGAUAACCGAGCUACCGCCACUGAAUCGCCAGCUGCUACUGUACAUACUCGACCUACUAGCGGUGUUUGCAAGCAAAUCAGAUCUCAACAAGAUGACCACUGCCAACCUCUCUGCUAUUUUCCAGCCCGGCAUUCUAAGCCACCCCCACCACGACAUGGCCCCUCAGGAGUAUCGCUUGAGCCAGGAUGUUCUGAUCUUUCUCAUUGAGAACCAGGACAGCUUCCUGAUUGGCAUGCAAGGCACUGAAGCCGAUCCAGAAACA